AUGGGCACGGCUGGUUUCCUGGUGCUGCUGCUGAGUUCCUCUUUUCUCUUUGAGGGGAAUUGUUUGGAUGAUUCUGGACAAAAGUCUGAGUCUUCUGAGCUCUGUCCGUCUGACAUUGAGUCAGUGCUGAGACAGAUGAGCGCUGCUCUGUCUGCACAGCAGGUGGAGAUCAACCAUCUUCAGGAGGAGAACAAGGAGAACAAAGUGGAGAUCAGACAUCUGCAGGAGGAGAACAAGGAGAACAAAGUGGAGAUCAGACAUCUGCAGGAGGAGAACAAACAUCUGCUGCUGGAGAACCAGGUGAGGCAGGUGGCCUUCUCUACAGCUCUGAUGGAGUCUGGAGGAGGUCAGUUCUUUGGUCCUUAUAGCACUGACACUACACUGGUCUACAAACAUGUGAUCACCAACACUGGGAACGCCUACAACCCACUCACAGGGAUCUUCACAGCCCCAGUCAGAGGAGUGUACCACUUCCAUGUUCAUAUUUUUGAACUCUUUACUGGAAGUUACUUUGCGAGAGUUUCUCUGGUGAAGAAUGGAUCUAAGAUGGUCACAGCCCAGGAGCACCAGUCAACCAGAUCCAACGGCGCCGCGUCCAACUCCGUGUCUGUGCUGCUGGAGGCCGGAGAUGAGGUUUAUGUGGUUCUCUGGAGCAGCCAUCGUAUUUUUGACGACACGAAUCACUACAACACGUUCAGUGGUCACCUGCUGUUCACGUCUGACCUGUGA